AUGAAUGUUUCUUCUGGGAUGGGGAGCUCAAGUGGAAGCAGUUCAAUUGGGGCUAGAAGCCAAAGAAGGAUUGCUUCUCCAAGGUGUAAAUGCGGGAGGCCAAGUGUUGUUUACACUUCCAAAACUCAGAGAAACCCAAAUAAAGGAUUCUUUGGGUGCCUCAAUUCCAAGGAGAAGAAGCCAUACUAUGAUUUUUUUAGACGGGUGGCUGAUGUCAUUGAUGAUAUGAUGGAAGUGGAAGAUUGGAGAGUUAAUAAGCUGAAGUUGAAUAUAGCUGAAAUGGAAUUCAAGUUGAACUAUUUGGACAUGAUUCUGAAUGAUCAAUUGCAAGUUAAGGUGAAUGAGUAG